GAGCGCUGAGAAUAUCCCAAAUCCCAAGAGGGAGGACCCGCCCGCGCAGAGAGGAAGAGAAAGAGAAAUAGAUUAGAGAUUAGAGAAUAUUCAGCGCCCACACGCUAACGCUAACGAGAAGGAGGAGUUUGGAAAAUCCAAAAUUGGUUUCCCUUUCAUUCACAAUUUCUUCUUGGCCUCCAUCAAUUCAUAAUCAUGGAAGGGUUUUAGAGGAACAUAACACAAUGAGAGUGAUAGUGCCUCUGCAAGGCGUAGUGCAAGGCAGAGGAGGCCUUUUCUGGGGUUCAGUCAUUCCUUGUGCUCUCUUCUACUUUCUUCAGCUCUUCUUCAAGACUCGUCACAAUCAUCGCUCUUCCUCUUCCCACAACCACAAGGAAGACUCCUCCUUCCACCGCUCUCUCUCCCCCAGACACCCCCCCACUGCCUCUGCUUACGUGUCACCUCGCGCCAGUUCUGUCACCGCCGUUAACUGUCCUUACUACCUUGCUUUACAGAAGGCAAACGACAAUCCCUACCACCAGAUUCAUAAUUCCCACGGCGUUAUUCAGCUUGCUCUGCCUCAGAACACUCUAUCUCUCGACUUGAUUCAAGAUUGGAUUCGCCACAACGAAUUCGGUACACAACUCAAUAUCGCAGCCGUUGCUCCUUACCAACCUCUCCAUGGACUCAUGGACCUCAAAGUGGCUGUGGCUGGUUUCAUGUCUCAAGUUUUGGAAAAGCCUGUUUUCUUCAACCCCUCCCGAAUGGUAUUAACUGCAGGUGCCACCCCUGCCAUUGAGAUUCUAAGCUUCUGCUUAGCAGAUCAUGGAAAUGCAUUCCUUGUUCCCACGCCUCACAGCCCUGGCUUUGACGGGGUUGUAAAAUGGCGUACUGGCGUGGAUAUAAUACCUGUUCCCUGCCGCAGCACAGAUGACUUCAAUUUAAGUAUAACUGCACUUGACCGAACCUUCAACCAAGCAAAGAUACGUGGUCAAAAAGUCCGUGGAAUUAUAAUAACAAACCCGUCAAAUCCUGCUGGCAAAGCGUUAAAUCGUGAAACACUAUUCGAUCUUUUAGACUUUGCUAGAGAGAAAAACAUUCACAUAAUCUCAAAUGAAAUAUUUUCAGGCUCUUCUUAUGGCAACGAAGAGUUUGUGAGCAUGGCAGAAAUCAUGGAAGCAGAAGAUCAUGAUCGGGAUAGAGUUCAUAUAGUAUUUGGUUUGUCAAAUGAGCUCUCUGUUCCAGGUUUGAAGGUGGGUGUUAUCUACUCGUAUAAUGAGAAUGUUGUGGCCGCUUCUAGCAAAUUGGCAAGGUUCUCUACUGUUUCUGCUCCAACCCAGCGAUUGCUUAUCUCCAUGCUUUCUGAUACAAGUUUUGUACGAAAAUUCAUUGAGAUUAACAAAUUGAGGCUGCGGGAAAUGUAUAAUACAUUUGUGGCAGGGUUGAAGCAGUUAGGGAUUGAGUGCACUAGGAGCAGUGGUGGUUUUUGCUGCUGGGCUGACAUGAGUAGGUUGAUCCGCUCUUACAGUGAAAAGGGGGAGCUUGAGCUUUGGGAUAGAUUGUUGAAUGUAGCCAAGAUCAAUGCUACCCCGGGAUCAUUUUGUCAUUGUAUUGAACCUGGAUGGUUCCGUUUUUGUUUUGCUACAUCGACUGAAAAGGAUAUUUCUGUAGUAAUGGAACGGAUUCGGAGAGUUUCUGAUGCAACACAGUGACAUAGUUGAUACAGUGUCGAUUAGUUCUGCAAAUUUGCUUGGUUUAUUGAUUCUUUAUUCUUUUGGUGACGCCGGCAUCAUCCUAGAAAGAAUUAUCUGUCGUCAAGGGGUAGAUGGAUGACAUGGGGUUAUGCAAUGGAGUUGCUUCAAAAUGAUAGGUUGUAAAUUGUAAUCUUUAAGCCUACGCUUUUGAACUUGUAUAAAAUAUUAAAAUGUAUAGUCGGAGCCUGGUAGAUGAUUUCUGCUGUUACAAAAAUUAGCACUGAAAUGGCUUUAGGUGCAAGCAAAGGAGAAACAGUGAAACACUGAUCUCGACCUGAUGAAGCACCACUGGUACUAUCAACUUAAUCAGCUUACGAUGAGAAGAGUAAGAAAAUGGACGGAAAGGUAAAAAGUCACCCAAAUUCGGUUAUGGGCAUGAUAACAGUUUUUAUUUGUACCUUCAUUUUUUACAUUUGUUUUUCAUAAGCUUAUAUUAGAUUAUUAGAGAAUCACAUAUCCUUCAAGCUUUGUUGUAUAUUUCAGCAGGAAGGUCCUGUUGUAUUAUUAAUAUUUGGUGUGAUAAUUGACAAAAUCUGAAAUUUGAUUACGCUUUUUCGCUUGCUCAUCUGUUGACGUAAUGAGCUUUUGGAUGUCAUCUCCUUCUCAGGGAUUCGUGAAGCCUCUUAUCAGGUGUGCCCCUCCUUAACAUAUAGGAUGGAUCGAGUAUAAUGUAGAUAGCAACUUCCCUAGACAACCUAAGCAAAAGUGGUUUUGCUUGCUUAGAGUAUCUUUAAUUUUCCUAUUUAUCAAC